AGGAUGCUAGGCGUUUUUGAUGUUCCGAUUGAACCUAACAAAGCUAUUCAUGCGGUUGUUACCUCCGUAUUACAUAAUGGAGCAAUAUUUUUUGGUUAUCAGACAUCAAAAGGAAAGGAAUAUAAUGUGGAGGUUACUAUCCAGUACGUAGAUUACGAUGAAAAGUUUCUAUGUGGAUUUCUUAAAAUAGACAACUUGACCGAAGAAUAUCCUAGUCUUACGACCUAUUUUGAAGGCGAAAUAGUGUGCAAGAAGUUUCCUUUUGCCACUGGUAAAUGGGAUGCAACAUUGGAGACAGAUAUUCUGCAUUGGAAUAAAAUUCCGGCAAUAGAAAACUUCUCAAAUAUUUUAGAUUCGGAUUUUAAUUAUUCAAAAUUAGAGAAUUCUGACUAUAUAUUUAUGCGCUGGAAGGAAAAAUUUCUUGUUCCUGAUCCGCACAUAAAAGAUAUCAAUGGAGCCUCUUUUGCUGGAUUCUACUAUAUCUCUCUGAAUAGGGUUGACGGGAAGAUAACCGGAUAUUACUAUCACCUGUAUUCAGAGCGUUAUCAGUCGCUGAACCUAUCCUAUCGCCCUGAAAAAGCACAAACUAUGUUUCAAUUUCGUUGA